AUGGUGGAAUCAAAGGUUAUGACUACUCCCAUGGAAUCUUCUUUAAAGUUGUCCGGAGAUGGAGGAAAGUUGCUGAAGGAUUCAACCAUGUUUCGAAAAAUUAUUGGUAGCUUAUUCUACCUAACAUUUACUAGACCCGACAUUGCGUACUCUAUUGGAGUUAUUUCACAAUUUAUGGAUAAACCUUGUUACCCACAUCUCAUUGCAGCAAAAAAGAUCCUUCGGUAUGUCAAAGGCACUCAAAGUUACGGAUUGAUGUACAAGAAAUUUAAGCCAUUUGAUCUAAGCGGCUUUAUCGAUGCUGAUUGGGCCGGUGAUGUGAAUACUCGGUGUUCCACAAUUGGGUUCUACUUUACAACAGGCUCUGUUGCAAUAUCAUGGUGUAGCAAAAAGCAAAACACUGUAGCCCUUUCAAGUUGUGAAGCGGAAUAUAUGGCCGCAACUAUGGCAACACAAGAAUGUCUAUGGAUUAAGAGGCUUAUGGAGGAAAUCCUGGUGCCCAUCAGAAAUGCAAUUCCGAUCAGCUGUGACAAUGAAAAUGAUAAUGCUGCAGAUGUAUUUACAAAACCGCUUGCCAAGGCCAAGUUUGAGGUAUUUCGAGAACCUCUUGGUAUCAUUGACCGUAAAUUUGCACUAAGGGAGGAUGUCGCAAGUUAG